AUGGGCAAGAAAAAAAUUAAGAAGGAGCUCACAUAUCAACAGGGUGAUGUUCUAAGUAAAAGAUUGCCAGCGCUAAAUGCUACGCUAUGUACAAUUCUGAGGUCUAGCAAGAAACAGAAGACAAAGCAAUCGAUUGGAGAUGCGGAAACUGAAGUGGAGAUUGAUGCACUAAGCUUUGACAAUGCCUUAUCGGCUGGUUUGGCCUUCGAGCAGCUCGAAUCUUAUGACGGGGCAUUGAAAUCUUUCCAACGUGCGGUCAACUGUCAACCGAAUCAUUUGGGAGCUCUCACGCAUCUUGCAGACGUCUAUUCUGCUGCUGGACAGCCGGAAGAAGCACUGAAGUGCUAUGUUAAGGCCAGUAAGCUGGAGGGUAGCGGGGAGGACGCGUCGGUUUGGUUCCGACUUGGAUUGGCUCAUACAGCCAUAGAUCAGCAGCUUAAGGCUACAAAAGCCUACCAAAGGUCGAUUGAUAUUAACGCUAGAGCGUUGGAAACUAUGAGUGACGCUCACCAGGAUGUUGGAGACCUUAGAAAGGCUUACGGCAUCACAUUGGCCGCCCUUGCAGAAGCUUUUGGCGAACUUGGAGAUCUGGAUUCAGCCGUAAAAGUUUAUGAAGAUGCUGUAAUCAGGUUUCCGAAUACUGCAAACAUGCAUUUCAACUUGGCAAGUAUGCGCAUGGCGAGGAAUGAAAGCAUUGGUGACGAAGCUUUUGACUCAGUGGUGGCUCAGAGCUUGGAGCGAGCAAUAAAGCUCAGCCCAAAAACAUGCGACUUUGUUAAAGAUUUGGCAUCUUACUUAGCACAGCAUAACCAGCAACCAGAUCGAGUUCGCGAACUGAGGAAACAGGCUGAUGAGCUUCAGAUUGCCGGUAUAGCUGCAGCUGCUAAGAGCGACGAUGCACACGACCAAGAGAAAAGCUGUGGCAGCGAUGAGGAUGAGGAUGAAAGCGAAGAUGAAAAAGACAAUGAAGAAGAGGAAGAGAAAAGCUGUGGCAGCGAUGAGGAUGAGGACGUAAGCAAAAAUGAAAAAGACAAUGAGGGUGAGGACGUAAGCGAAGAUGAAUAA